UAAUGUGCUACUAUUCUGAACGGCUCAUUUAAGGGAAUACAUUUUCCGAUGCUCGCUGUCGUUUCUGAACCUUUCCAGGCCCGGUUUUCCCACUCUGUUUCCGUCUUCUCGCCCAGCCCCUGAGUGCAACGGCGCAGCGGAUUGGGCCUCGCUCCGGCGUUACGACACACCCUCCCUCCGCAGCCGCGCGCCGCCACCUGAUGCUUGGCAGCCCAAACUUCAGUCCUGACAGCGAGCGGAGGAUCACAACGCCGCGGCUCUCGCUUUUCCCAAACCAUUCAGCUUCUCUCUGUGGAUUCCUGAGGCUGUUUGUGUCUGAUAAGUACCGUCCCGAGGAGCGACAGGCGUUGACUGUGAGGUUCUGCCGCGCCUCGGACGCGAACGCGCUGGGAAGAGAGAAAGGAAGUUUCAGUCAAGACGGUGUUUGCCAAUUGCUGCUGGCUAGUCUGAAGGAGCUGAGUGAGGGAGUCAAGAAGGAGGGCUGCUCUGUGAGGCGGAAGCUUGAAAACUGCAGCUCUAAGGAGGAUCUGCGUGUCGAAGGUGGUGCUAGGUCCACCCAGGCGUCUUGGACAGCUGAAUGGUUGCCAUGAAGGUUAAAGGAUUUCUCAAACUUGCAUGAAAGAAUCAAAGCAACACUCCUGGAAAUGCGACGGCGUUCUAGAAAGAAGACUGCAGUUCUGGGAGUUCUGCUUCUCAUCUCUGUCCUGUACUACUUCUAUCCGUUUGAAUUCCUCCUCACGAGUUUUACUAAAUCGCCUCCAAAGCAACUGAGCUGGCAGGUGGAGAGGCUCAUCAGUAAGGAGUCCUGGGCGGAGCAGGGAGAUUAUCUGCCUCUCAAUGUGUCCUAUCAGCUGCUGGCAGGAAUGCCAUCGACUCAGCAGAAGUUCCUAACCAUCGGCAUGUCGUCAGUCAAGCGGAAGAAGGGCAGCUACCUGGUUCCCACGCUGCAGUCGCUCUUCUCUCAGUCAUCUCCUGAAGAGCGCUCCUCCAUGGUGGUAGUGGUGCUGAUCGCAGACUUCGACGUUUACUGGGUAACCAGUACCGUCAGGGAAAUCAACUCAACGUUUGCCUCUGAACUGGACCGAGGCCAGCUUUUAGUCAUCCACGUGUUCCAGAAGUGGUAUCCUCCUUUGACAGGCUUGAAGAGGAACUACAACGACGCUCCCGACCGGGUGUCGUUCCGCUCCAAGCAGAAUGUGGAUUACUCCUUCUUGAUCCACUACAGUGCAGGUCUAGGCCAGUACUACCUUCAGCUGGAAGACGACGUCUUUUCAGCACAGAACUUUCUCACAACUAUUCGGAAGCACAUUGAGGAGCAAAAUGCGAAAAAGGGCACCUGGGCGAUGUUGGAGUUUUCAGCCCUUGGUUACAUCGGGAAACUCUACAAGUCCUCCGACCUUCCUCUUUUGGCUCGCUUCCUUUUUCUGUUUUACCAAGAAAUGCCUUGUGACUGGCUGAUGUCUCAUUUCCGACAGCUGAUGGCCCAAAGAGAGACCAUCCUCUUUAAACCCUCGCUGUUCCAACACAUGGGCACUUUUUCAUCUUUCCAGGGAACAUACAACAAGCUAAAGGAUAAGAACUUUGAAGAGGGGCUAUACACCAAUCCCUCAGCUGAAGUGUAUUCAAAUAUUUCCACCUACCAGAAGUACUUCCCCAAACUGGCCUGGGAUCCCGGGGAGGGCUUCUUCUGGGGACGCUCUCCAGAAAGAGGAGAUCAUUUGACAGUGGUGUUCCUGCAGCCUGUGGUGGUGACGGGGAUACUAGUGGAAACGGGAUCAGGAGGAAAGGACCUCCUGGACUACGGUCAGGUGGAGCUAGGUCAAGAUGUAGUCACUGCAGCGAUAAAGAGCUGUAAAACCUUCCAGUCACUGGGAGCUUUUAUGAAUGGAAGAUUUGAGAUGCGAGAGGUAGACAAACUGCGCGGCUCUGCUUCUUCAUGUCUGAGGAUAUUGGUGACAGCCGGGCAGAAAGACUGGGUGAUGAUUCGGAAAAUAAGAAUCACAACAAAGUCCAGCGCAUCCUGACGCCAAACGUAGCUGGUUUGUCUGUCUUCCAGCCUGACUAACAUUUGGUUGUCGAGUUGGACUAAGACUCUUAGUUCCAAUUGGACUAAGAGUCCAAUUGGAAAUCCUGGUGUUGGUGAUGGGAGGUUGGGGUGUGUGGUGUUAAACUGUUCCUGUUACGAAGCAUCGAUCAUGCCUCAGUGAACCUGCUUCCACUCUGGAGUUGUUUGACCAAAGCAAAUUAUGUAAAGUGAUUAAACAGCCAUAGAAGAUAAGCAAGCAAAUCCAUUUGGUCUUUGUGUUUUUCACUGUAGGAAUCUGCAGCAUUUUGGGUUUUUUUAUGCUCCAUUUUCCUCUAGACUAUGUAUUUGUAUCUUUUUACUUAAAGCAUAAAUCACUUUUUGCAAA